AUGGCCUUAUUCCCUGUGCAUGUGACCCAGAGGUCAGAGCCAGACUUGCAAAAGCACGAACUCGUUGGAAAGCAUCGAAUGAUAGCCAGGCGUGAUCUUCUAGGCCAGCAGCAAUCAACAGUGUGUCUUGGUAGGGCAGAUGAGCCAGACUUUUGGAAGCCACGUCUCUGUUGUUUUGCCCUUGUGGAUAUUGUUUCGGAGCAAAGGGAUAACGACAAUCACAGACCAGAGCUCUCUCCUCAGACUCAAGAGGGCACGUCUGUUCAACCAACACCGACGCCCGCUGUGAGGUCUGCGGACCUGGUGGCUGGUUCGGAUGAUGGUCAAAUGACAGCAGUAACAAUGAAUGUGCACAUGCGCACAAUGGCGCGCAAGCAUCAAGGGAGUCAAAGCAUUACGAAUCCUUCGUUCCAACUAUAUUCUAGAAGGUGA